UGCUGUCCUGUCAGAUCUCUGAUUAAAGCACCGUCUUCAUAAAAGUGUGGAACUUCUGAGAAGCAAAUAAAGUUUAUUUGGUUCUCUUACUACAUUUUUCAAAAUUAUCCAAUCCCAAUGGCUGAUCUAGGAGCACCAGUUCGCGUUUCACCACUGAUCAAGUUUGGUCGGUGGUCGUUCCUUGCCCUUGGAGUUGCAUACGGUGCGUACCAUCAAUCGCGUCUGUCUAAGCGGGAAGUAGGUAUCCGGGAAAUCGAAGCACAGCAGAAGGUGAUUCGAGACGCGAAAUUGGCUGAGGAGAAGAAGCGCAGUGCGGCAGCUGAAGCCAAAGCCUUGGCCGAACUCUCUGGCCCUGCCAAGAAGUAAGCUAUAGGGAGAAAAUGUUAGUCCCUUACGUUUUUAAUUUCUCCCUGAAGUACACAUCUGUUCAACAAAGCGAUCGUGAAACAAUAGAAUACUACUCCCAUAAAACCGGCGUGAAUGAAUAAAUAAUUGGUACUACUAACUACGUAGGUAUUCUUAUCUGUGUCGAUACUGAGAAAGUCAUGAUCGUGUAAAAUGCUGAUUUUAUUAAUAUU